AUGGCGAAAGCAAAUUUAAUUGACUUGACAUUUCAGCGGGUAUUUUAUGCAAACAGAAUAAUCCAUUUCGACCUCAAAGGUGCAGCUCCGAAAGUAAAGUUUUUAGAAGAAGUGCUAAGGCUUAUUAAAGCAAAUGGUGCCACUGGUAUUUUACUAGAAUGGGAAGAUACUUUUCCCUUUGACGGCAUUUUAUCAGAAAAUCGUAAUAGCGAUGCAUAUACAGUAGAAGAAGUUCAUGACCUCUUGCGAACAGCUCAAUCACUGGAACUUGAUAUCAUACCACUCGUUCAGACUUUUGGGCAUUUAGAAUGGAUUUUGAAAGUAGAAAAGUUCAGAAAAUAUCGAGAAGAGGAUAUGUUCCCUCAGGUAGUUUGUUUAGCAGAUGAAGAAGGGGUUUCAAUUGUUCUAGAAAGUAUACAGCAAGUUGUUAAUCUUCAUCUAUCAUAUGGAAUCAAAUAUUUUCACAUAGGUGCUGAUGAAGCCUUUCAAUACGGCAGCUGCGAGAAAGAUCUCGCUUGGAUGCGUACUACUAGAAAAGAGAAAGAUCAUUUGGCAGCAAAUCAUCUAGCAAAAGUUGCCAAAUACGUGAAGAAGUUAAUUCCAGGCGUAAGGGUUUUAGCUUGGCACGAUAUGGUACAAUCAUUCCCAGCUCAUCUUGUCCUUCAGUAUCAUCUAGAUAAACUACUAGAAAUAGUAGUCUGGGAUUACUCCGAGACUUUGCAACAACAAAAUGAAUAUAAUUGGUAUACACUGGCCUCGAAGUUUCCUACAGUUUGGGCUUCAUCUGCCUUUAAAGGUGCAAACAAGCCAUCGUCAACAUUUCUUGAUCUAAAACAUUAUCUUCUUAAUAAUCAAGCAUGGAUCACGCAUCGGAAGAUUUAUGGUCCAUUGUUCCGUAAUUUUCGAGGAAUUAUCAUAACGGGCUGGCAAAGAUAUGACCAUUUCGCAGUGCUGUGUGAACUUCUCCCAGUUGCUGUUCCAUCCGUGAUACUGAAUCUUUUGGUUGCCAAAGCAGGAGAUGGACCUUCUGCCGCAUUCGUUCUAGAAGAUGCUACAGAAGCACUGAACUGCACGAAAAUGAUUGCAGUAGAAGAUUUGUUUUCAUUCAGCUCUUGUAAAUUUCCUGGCGUCAGACUAUUUGAAGCGAUUCAUCUAUUAAAAAAUUAUAUGGAUGAAAUUGAUACACAAAUCUUUGAAAAUGAUCAAGUUAAAGGGUGGCUUAGUCGAUUUAAUCUACGAUACAGAUAUUCUCAAAAUUGGUAUUUAGUGCAAAUAGAAGCACUGGUUAAAAUAUAUGCGGAAGAAAUGAUUGCUACCACUGAAUCUAUCAAAUCCCUGAUGAGUACAAUUUUCAAGAAGCAUACAGUAGACGAAUGGAUAUAUGAACAUGUUGAUCCAGUGACGGAGCGAUUGAUUGAUCUCUCGAAGCACAUUAAAGAGCUCAAAACACAGAGAAUUUUCGCUGUGAGGAAUUUUGAUAUCAAGCGAGAGGUGCAAUCAUCUCAAUACUAA